AUGGGCUUCGCCCUGCUUCUGGUGGGACUAGCUGCGCUGAUCGCACUGCUGAGGUGGCUUCUGGGAUUUCUCCGCUCCUCUUCCUCCUCCUCCUCCUCUUCCAGUGGCGGAAUACCUUGUCUGCCCCGCGUGCCACUGCUUGGUAGCCUGCUGAGUCUGCGCUCGGAGCUGCCUCCCCACCUGCUCUUCACGCGCUUCACGGAGACCUACGGCAGGCUGUACGCCCUGUACCUGGGACCUCACCUGGCCCUGGUGGUCAACGACUACAGCCACGCCAGAGAGGUGCUGCUGGCCAAGGGGAAGGAGUUCGCCGGCCGACCGUACAUGGUGACUACGGAGCUGUUGACUCGUGGUGGUAAGGACAUCGCCUUUGCAGACUACAGUCCCCUGUGGAGGAACCAGCGCAGGCUGGUGCACAGCGCCUUCAGCCUCUUUGGGGAGGGCUCCAGCAAGCUGCAGACCAUUGUGUUGGAGGCAGCAGACUGCCUGGUCGAGGAGCUCCUGUCCCUCAGAGCUCAGGGUGUGGACCCGGCGCCUGCCAUCCUCAGGGCGGUGACCAACGUGGUGUGCAGGCUGGUGUUCAGUGGCAACUAUCGCCCCGGCGACCCCGAGCUGCAGGAGGUCAUGGACUACAACGACGGCAUCGUCCAGACCAUCGCCCGCGGCGACCUGGUCGACAUAUUCCCCUGGCUACGGGUCUUCCCUAACAAGGAUUUGAAGAAAUUGAAAGCAUGUGUGAAAGUCAGAGACACUCUACUGACCAGAAAACUUGAAGAGCACAAGGAGAGUCUGACCCCAGGUGACCCUCGCGACCUAUUGGACGCUUUGCUGGAGGGGCGGGGCUCCGACAGAGACGUUGGCCUAUCAGACGACCACGUGCUGAUGACAGCGGCGGAAGCCUUUGGGGCAGGAGUGGAGACCACCUCCACCACUAUACUGUGGGCUAUCGCCUUCCUACUGCACCACCCAGAGGUGCAGGAGCGUGUGCAGGCUGAGCUUGACGAGUGUGUGGGUGCAGAGCGGGCCCCAUUGCUAAGCGACCGGACGCGUAUGCCCGUGCUGGACGCCGUGAUGAGCGAAGUGAUGAGGAUACGGCCUGUUAGCCCUCUGCUAAUACCACACGUAGCCAUGCAGGAUACCAGUAUCGGCGGACAUCCUGUUGCCAAGGGAACGCGAGUGCUGGUGAACAUGUGGGCCAUCCACCAUGACCCUCAGCAGUGGGAACAACCAGACACUUUCAGACCAGACCGUUUCCUUGACGACUCGGGCCAGAGGGUGAUUCCGCCCUCUUUCCUGCCCUUUGGGGCGGGGCCUCGGGUCUGCGUCGGCGAAUCGCUGGCCAGGAUGGAGCUCUUCCUGUUCAUGUCCCGCCUCCUGCAGCGCUGUCAGCUCAGUGCGCCGCGCGGGGCCUCCCUGCCUGACCUGCAGGGGCGAUACGGGGUCGUGCUACAGCCACCAAAGUACACAGUCACCAUCAAGGCCCGAAACUGACACUGAGGGUGUGUGUGUGUCUGUGUCUGAGUGUGUGCGUGUGCGUGUCCGUAUCAGUAAAAUAUAAUAUUCUGUCGGUGAAGAAUAGUGUGUGUGUGUUUACGUAGAAAGCAUGCAUGUGCCAAGCGUGUCUGGGACAAGGCAGUCUAAAUACUGUGUGUACAAUAAAGCAUGUGCGUGUGUGUGCGUGUGUUUGUGUGUGUGUG